GGGAGGAGAGCUGAGGGAAGGCAGUGUUCGGGAGUCAGAUCUCUCUCGUAGCUUUUCCAGAGUAGAGGGAGAGCCCCCGGAGAAGAGCCUGUUUGCAGUGGGAGUCUUUGCGGCAGCGUUUUAGCAGGAGGAUGAGAGGCGGGAAUUUGCAGCGUCGUGCCAGGCCCCAGGCGCGGAAGAGGGGGAGAGCCGGGCCAGCGGACGCGUGAGCAGAGCUCCCGGCUGGAAUGCACCAGCUCAGCACGGGAUUGUCCUUCCUGGGCCAGGCGGGCGCCGCGCCGUGAGCCCGGAGCCCGGGACGACCGCCUGGGCCAUGGCAGCAGCAGACACCCCCUCGGCCACCACCCUCCGGCGCCGCGACUUGUGCAGCCGCGGCAUCCGCCUGGCCAGGAAGAUGCGUUCGGACGUUGCCGACCUCCUGGACAUCUACGUGGAACGGCAGGGCUUGGACGCCUCGGUCAGCGUGGCGGCGGUGGAGGGGGUGCCGGCGGCGGCAGCGGAGCACUGGAGCGAGCAGACGGGGACCCAGCGGCUCCUGGACAACCUGGUGGCGUACCGGGCCUUCCGCACGCUGCUGGCCCAGAUGCUGGAGGAGCAGCGGGAGCAGCUGGGCGACGCCGACGCCGCGCUGGGCCGGGCGCUGGCGGCCGUCCUGCUGCAAGUCUCGGCCUUCGCCUACCACCUCGAGGAGCUGCUGGAGCUGGAGAGCCGCGGGCCCCCCGGCGACGAAGGGGAUGGGCCCCCUGCGCCCCCUCGCCUCAGCCUCUUCGAGCAGAAGCUGCGGGGCCUGGGGGUGCUGCGGGAGCUGGCCCAGUGGGCCGUGAGGUCCGUGAGGGACCUGCGGCAGCUCGCCCGGCCCGGCCCCGGUGCCGGCUCAGCCCCUGGCCUGGCCGAGGGCCAGUGAUGGCCGCAUGGGGUGCAGGGAGCCUGGGUCUGGUUAGGGUUUAGCCGGGGGGGGUCCAUCCAGCAGGACUCCUUUCCCACCCCUGCCGAGGGCUGCUCACAGUCACAGGGGAUUUUGGGGUGGGGGGCGGACGGGGGAGAGCACGCCACUAAACCCCAGAGCCCCCACGCUUUUGGUGCCGUUCCCUGGGGGCUCCUUUUCCCAGCUAGGGAAGCAGAGGCACGGGGAGGGAAGCCCUGGAAGGACAAGGCUCGGGAUGAGUCUGGCUCUGCGUGCCAGGGGUUUGCAGGUCCCAGAGGCUGGGGUCCUUCAUGAGCAAGGACAGGGCUAGCCUGUGCCGUGAAACUUGCUUGGUUGCUGCCUCUUUUCAUGGCUUGACGCUGCUUCACGAGGAGGGGAGCUGUGGUGGGGCUCUUGUAGAGGCAAGGCAGGAGCAAAGGGAUGUGAAAAUAGCACCUGGUGAAAGGAAUUGUGCCCCAUUUGCAAAACCCAAGGCUUUGCCUCCUUCAGGUGGUUCCUUUUCCUUCCCCGCCAGCUGCUCCUGCCCAAUUUGUGUUCUCUGUGCGUUGAAUUUCUGCACUAACUGCUUGGGGGCUCGUUCGGGAGGGGUCGGUGGGGGGUUUGAGCAGGGGGGCAUUUCUCAGCUGCUCCGACAAUACAGCAGAGAGGAUCUGUUAACCGAAGGCUGACUUGGAAGACCCUCCACAAGGAUGUUGGUGCCUCCAGGCCACAAUUAGGACUGGAGAUGGCUUGGAGAAACUAACAGCCCCAACCUGCAUCUCAUACCCUGCGAAGGGAGCAGCCGUGAGGCUUCUCGGCUGCCCUGGCCGUUGUUUUUGUUUUUGUUUUUGUUUUUUCCUUUAUGGCUAUGAUGGCUGCUGGCUGCUGAGUGAAUAAAGUGCCUGGGAGAUC